CGCAUCAUCAACUAAAUCCAUCUAAUAUCAACCGGAACAGAUAUGUUUGCACAAAGACCGCCUAACGCCGCCCGGAGUGUGAACGUGUGAGAAGAAGCACCAUGGAGAGCCUCACCGAGCUCCAGAAUCCUCUUCUGGACAAAAGCACCCAGCAAGGUUACCAUAGCGACUGCCCAAGCCAACAGCAGCACCAAGACGGCCUCGCGGGCUACGUCUACAGCGGGAGCCACGACCGCCACAAGUCUCAGCAGUUCCUGGACGCCACCUCGCUGCACCUGGCGGUGGAGGCCUUCUACAAGCCCGACUUCACUCCGUGCAAGGACGACGUGAGCCUGCACAGCAAAGACUCCAAAAGCGAGAGCUUCGAGACCACCUUCACCGAAAAUAAGAGCGCGGCGCCGGCCGACGACUACGCGGAGAACCCGCUGGGCAGCGCGCCGGGGGAGAAGGACGUGAAAAUCCAGACGGUGUCGUAUGAGGUGGAGGACGAGCAGGCUCCUGAGUAUGAGAGCGACAGCUCCAGCGAGAGCGAGAGCGAGGACAACUUCCUGGUGCUGCCUCCUCGGGACUACUUGGGGCUGACCAUCUUCUCCAUGCUCUGCUGCUUGUGGCCUUUGGGCAUUAUCGCCUUCUGCUAUUCUCACAAGACCGGCAAGGCCAUCGCUAAGGGAGACUUCUCCAGAGCGGGAAUGAGCUCCAGGAGAGCCCUUUUCCUGGCCGCGCUUUCCAUUACCAUCGGCACAGGCAUGUACGUGGGUGUCGUGGUGGCCCUCAUCGCCUACCUGUCCAAGCCAGGACACGUAUAGCGACGGCGGCAGAGGCACAUAGAUGGGGCGGGGGGGACUUCGGACUUAUUUGCUCCUGCGGAC